CCCAACAACACAACUUCAACCCGUCCUCUCAAAACAGGAUGGAGGCCACGUUCGUCUUCGUUGGGCUCCUGUUUCUUCUUCGACGGUGCUCCUGUUCAGACGCAGAGCACAAGCUCUUCUCUGUGAUAUUCUCCAGCUACAACCAGUACAUACGACCGGUGGAAAAUGUGACCGACCCAGUGGUUGUGCAGUUCGAGGUGUCCAUGUCCCAGCUGGUCAAAGUGGAUGAAGUCAAUCAAAUCAUGGAGACAAAUCUGUGGCUGAGACAUAUCUGGAAUGAUUACAAACUUAGAUGGAAUCCAAAGGAUUUUGGAGGCGUCGAUUUUAUCCGAGUGCCAUCCAACAGGAUAUGGAAACCAGACAUAGUGCUCUACAACAAUGCAGUGGGAGAUUUUCAGGUAGAUGACAAAACGAAGGCCCUCCUCCGUUUCAAUGGUGAUGUUACUUGGAUCCCUCCUGCCAUAUUCAAGAGCUCAUGCAAGAUAGACGUAACUUACUUCCCCUUCGACUACCAAAACUGUACGAUGAAGUUCGGCUCCUGGACCUACGACAAGGCCAAAAUCGACCUGGUGCUCAUUGGCUCAACCAUCAACCUCAAGGACUUCUGGGAAAGUGGCGAAUGGACGAUCAUUGACGCCCCUGGCUACAAACAUGACAUUAAGUACAACUGCUGCGAGGAGAUCUACACGGAUAUUACUUACUCCUUGUACAUCCGCCGUCUGCCACUCUUCUACACCAUCAACAUGAUCAUCCCUUGCCUCCUCAUCUCCUUCCUCACCGUGCUUGUCUUCUACCUGCCGUCUGACUGCGGGGAGAAAAUCACUCUGUGCAUCUCCGUUCUCCUGUCUUUAACGGUCUUCCUCCUCGUCAUAACAGAGACCAUCCCCUCCACCUCGCUAGUCAUCCCCCUGAUCGGCGAGUACCUCCUCUUCACCAUGAUUUUCGUCACCCUCUCCAUCGUGAUCACCGUUUUCGUGUUGAACGUCCACUACCGCACGCCCAAGACCCACACCAUGCCCCGCUGGGUGCGGACUGUGUUCCUGGGGCUGCUGCCCCGGGUGAUGUUUAUGACGAGGCCGGAGACGGACGCGGACAAGGCGCUGGGGGCGGCGGCGGCGGUCGGCGAUUCCCAGACGACGCACUCCAGGCCCUGCGCCGCUCACCCGUCAGGUACUUUGCAGAAGCAGCGCAGGCCUCAGGCCCCGCCCUCCAGCGUGGUUUCCACCCUGACGCGCCGCCAGCAGCUUUUUAACAACGCGCAGCUCUCCGACCUCAAUAACAUAAGUGGAGACCCGGCCAAAGGUGCCGGCUCAGCGCUCCUGUCCUGCGAGGCCCACUGCGACUGCUGCUGGCGCCAGAGAUCCGGCAAACUGCCGGCAGACUCGGGGGAGGGCAGCGGGGCACUGGGCAGCCUGGGGGCGCUGAGCGGGGGCAGUGCCGUCGGGGUCGGCGGGGGGAGUCAGUGCUCCAGCGCCGAGUCCGUGGCGGCAGGGACAAUGUCCGUGUUGCCGCUGUCCCCCGCGGUCCAGGAGGCCAUCGAAAGUGUCAAGUACAUAGCAGAGAAUAUGAGACUCCAGAAUGAGGCAAAGGAGGUUCAGGAUGACUGGAAGUACGUUGCCAUGGUUAUCGACAGAAUCUUCCUCUGGGUCUUUGUCCUUGUGUGCAUCCUGGGAACAGCUGGCCUCUUCCUCCAGCCUUUAUUACUUUGGGAUGACGUCUAAAUAAGUUUGAUAAAGCAAAUAAUUCAAUAUUACUAUUUCAAUACUGCACAGCAGUUAUUAUUCAUAAGACUCGUCACAGAGAGAGGAAAUACUGAGCUGACUCAAAGUCAAGGAGGAAACGUUUAGAUGAAUGUUUUUGAUAGAUAUUCUUUUUGUUUGAAGAACUGGUUAAAAGCUCCCCAAUGCAGAGGACACUGUUAAAUGAUGUCAAAGACAACAAAGUUUGGUCAUUUAAUUGUUUUCAAACUAGUUUUGCAGCGAUUUGUAGCAAUCGACAAUGCUAGGAAAUAAAUAAAUAGUGAAUCAUU